AUGUCGGCCGACCGCAAGCAUGCCUCCAUCCGGUGGUCGGCGACGAAAAGGCAGGCAGGCGGAGAUGGCCAGGAAAACGAGGCGUCCGUCCGUGGAGAUAGCGUAGCCCGACGGCGGCCCGUAUCUUAUCUCCCCCUGGUCGGGGCGACCCUGCCAGGCCCGCUCCCUACACGAGGCACGGGGGUACGACAGCGGCUCGGCAGCAAGGGUCUCUUGGCAGUCGUCCUGAUUGCUUCGGACCGGCCAUCGCCGGUACAGAACUCGCGCCAAGACGACUACUGGCAUGUGGUCGUGCAGCUGUUCACCGUUUGGUCAGACCCCGGCGACCAGCUCCCGGGACGGAAGGCAUCUCGCGGAGCGAGUGAGCUGUGCCGCAGGGAGCGCUCGCCAAGUCCUCCGACGGCUGGCGCUCGGUGGCGAGUGUCCCUCUCGAGACCGCCAAGAUACCGAUACCGACUUCGGGUUUUCUCGGGUCGAGGUCCUCGCUCGUUGCCGUCCACGAGUCUUUUGCCGCCGGCACGGGUUGGUAACUGA